GAAUCUUGAUUGUUUUCCCUGUUCAAUCUACUUGGCGUUAGGUAUUCCUUGUUCUUCCUCCUCCGUCCGAGUGUUGGGAAACCGCAAGACCUGAGCGCUGACAACAACAGGGAGCGACUUUUCUCCUUUGAUUCGUCUUCCAAAGCGUCUAUUACUUCUUUAAAUGUGGGUUUUGACGGAGCAAUGGAAGCAAAAAAGAGGCUGGAUACCUGCACCUUCAAAGUUGGGUCUCCGCCCACCAUAAUGUACAUUCCUGACUUCAUAACCGAGACGGAACAAACCAUGCUCCUAAAAAAUGUUUAUGGAGCCCCUGUAUCAAAGUGGAGAUGUUUGAAGAACAGGAGGCUGCAGAAUUGGGGAGGUGUUGUCCAUGAAAAGGGUCUUCUACCACAAGAUUUGCCUCCUUGGCUAACAAGGAUUACAGAAAAGAUAUAUGAAGAAUCAGGGUUAUUCCCCUCAUCAAUUAAUCAUGUUCUUAUCAAUGAAUACCUUCCUAACCAAGGCAUAAUGCCACACCAGGAUGGGCCUGCUUACUUUCCUGUCGUAGCAAUUCUGUCACUUGGAUCACCUGUUGUAAUGGACUUUACUCCUCAUUCAAGAUUGAGACUAUGCACAAAAGAUGUUGAGGAUAACAAUUCUGAUGGAGGAACUUCUGAAAUUGAGAAAGAUAAAUGGUUACAUGAUCACCGCCCUUUUUCUGUCCUAUUGAUGCCUCGUAGUCUACUGAUAUUCAAGGAUGAGGCAUACUCGGAUUACUUGCAUGGAAUAGAAGAUAGUGAAGUACAGCAAUAUGAUGGGGCUGUAAAUGAAAUUGAAGCUCUCAAACGUUCUGUACAAGAUCAACCGCAAUUAGAGUCAGAGAAAGGUAGUGAAGCAAUGGGAACCCAAGAUUUUAAGGCCAUCUGUAGAACUACAAACAGAAUUUCAUUGACAUGUCGAUUAGUGUUGAAGGUUCACAAAAAAUUGUUCAAGUUUUAGAAUUUUCUCUGGUUUAUGUAGUUUCUGCCAUCGAAUAUUCAAGGUGAAAGUGCAAUUUGGAAUUUUUUCCUCUGUAAGAGCUUCAUAUGAUGAUGUAAUUUGGAUAGAUAUAGAUGGCUUUUGAGUAGUAAUUGAAAAUGAGCUUAAAGAUUAGAAUCUUAUAUUGCAAAUUUAUAAAAUUUAAGAGGGAGAUUAAAUUUUAGUGGCUUUCCUUGCUCUUUAGUGGAUA